CAUCCAGGACCUGGUAUGAGUGCUUCAGGUAUUAGGGAGGCAAGAACAGAUAUGAAAGAACUCAGACAUAUGGCACCACAGAUAGAUCUUAGAGUAACAGGAACUGGAUUCCCAGCGCCUAAUAUGAGAGGUCCAGGCAUGCAAGGCAUAAGUCCCAACAUUUGGGGUCCUGGAUCACACAUACAAGAUCUAUUUAGUAUGCAAGGCCUGAACCCAGAAGUAAAAUAUCCAGGACCUGAUAUGAGAAACAGUGAAAUAGAAAUGAGUGGUCAAAUGCUUGUACCGGCUGUUACAAAUUCACAAAUGGGAGGGCCAGACCUACAGAAUGAGAGAAGGCCUGGGCCUGAGAUAAGAGACACAAGGGGGCCUUUAUCAGCUAUGUAUCAUCCAAGCCAAGGAAACCAAGAUGGCAGGCCAGGUGUAAUGGAAAUGGGGAGAAAUCAAUCUUUCGGGGGUCCACAGAUAGAAGGUAUGGCUCCAGAUAUAGGAAGAGGUCAAAAGGAUAGAGGUGAAAGUCCACAUACUGGGGGUAUGAGACCUGCUAUAAGGGGUGGAGGUGUAAGAGAUCCAUCAGGUCAUUCUUUCAGAGGCUCAGAAAGAAUUCAAAGGCAAUCAAGGCAUGAUGGCAGUCUGGUUUUAGCGGAAAGGGGUUUUCAGGCAUAUGGUGGUCGAGAAAGGAGUUUAGAUUCAGAUUCAACUACAGGUUCAGAGGGUAGACAUCUAAUAGCAGAUAGACUAUCCCCAGCAAUGACAGAUGAAAGGUGGGGCCUACAAAAAGGGCGAGAUGUACCCAUUAGAGGACCAGGGCCAAACAUAAAUUAUGAAAGUGGUGGUUCUAACAUAUCCUCCUUUGGACAAGACAGUACUGGGUCUAGAGAACAUUUCAAGGAGCCACGUCCCGGUAUUAGGGCUGAAAAGAGUGUCAUUGCCUCAGAAAUGAGAGAAUCAGAAGCUAUUCUUGAAUUAAGAAGGCCAGAUAUGACACAAAUAAGCUAUAUGGGGCCUGGUCCAAUUAUGGAUAGUAUGGGUGGCUCAGAUACAAGGGGUGAUGACAUGCCAAACAUUACAAAUCCAGAUUGGAGAGGUCCAGGACCAGGUGUUGUUAGACCUGAUAUGAGGGGUCAGACCAGUCUAGAUUGGAGUGACCCAAGAACAGACAUAAGAGAUGAUUGGGAAGGGCCAGAUAGGAGAGGAUCAGGGCCAUUUAUACAAGAAGAAUGGAGAGUCCAUCAGCCUGAUAUGAGAGGUCCAUACAUUGAGAGCCACGAGCCUGACGGAAGAGGUGCUGGAGACCUAGACUUUAGAGAACCAGAGUCUGAAAUGAGCGGUCCACACAUGGAGGACCUUAGGCAUGACAGGAGAAGACCAAGGGGUCCGGAUUUCAUGGCAACAGGGGGUCCAGAAUUUGUGGGACCACGACUUGAAAGGAGAGGUCCAGCUUUGGAGGGACCUGGGCCUGACAGGAGGCGGCCUGGGGAUCCAGAUUUCAGGGGACCAGGGCCUGAAAGGAGAUGCUCUUCAAUAGAGGCUCCUGGGCCUGUUAGGAGAGGACCAGCCGGUUCGGAUUUCAGAGGACCAAGACCUGAAAUGAGAGGUCCAGCUAUGGAGGGUCCUGUGCCUGAAAGGAGAGGACCUGGAGGUCCAGAUUUUAGGGGAUCAAGACCUGCAAACAGGGGCUUGUCUAUUGAGGGACUAGGGCCUGAAAGGAGAUGCUUAUCUAUGGAGAGUCCUGGCCCUAAUCGUAGAGGACCUGGAGAGCCAGAUUUUGGAGGGCCAGGACCUGAAAGGAGAGGUUCAGCUAUGGCGGGUCCUGGGCCUGACAGGAGAGGACCUGGAGGUCCAGAUUUCAAGGGACAAGGCCCCGAAAGCAGAGGCUUAUCAAUGGAGGGUCCUGGGCCUGACAGGAGAAGUCAUGAUGGUCCAGAUUUUAGAGGACCGGGACCUGAAAGGAGGAAUCCAGCUAUGGACGGUCCUGGGCCUGAUAGGAGAGGACCUGGAGUUCCAGAUUUCAGGGGACCAGGGCCUCCAAGCAGAGGCUUAUCUAUGGAGGGUCCUGGGCCUGACAGGAGAGGUCAUGAUGGUCCUAGAAUUUAGAGGACCAAGACCUGAAAGGAGGAAUCCAGCUAUGGAGGGUCCUGGGCCUGACAGGAGAGGACCUGGAGGUCCAGAUUUCAGAGGACCAAGGCAUGAAAGAAGAAGUUUAUCUAUCGAGCGUCCUGG